GAAUUCCUUUUUUUUUUUUUAAAUGUUUCAAUUUUUAUAAUUUAAUUAAAGUCUAAAUAUUCAAAAUUUUAAAUUAUUACUACUAAAUUUUAAAAUGAAAUAAUAAAAAGGAUAUUUUAGUAAAACUGUUUAUAAUUAAUAUAUUAUUAUUUUUGUAGCUACAAUUAACUUUUACUUAAGUAAAAUGUCUAUUUUAAUAUUUGCCUCUAAAUUUAAUGCAGAUGAUUAAUAAUGUACAAAAAUUAAGUGCAGCAUACACGUGAAUCAAAUUUUACUAAAAUAAUGUAAGAUCGCCUAUAAAUGUACAAAUAUUGUUGGCCGUUGCGGGCAGAAAGCAAUUUCAUACAUGAAUCUAGGAGAUUAGCGUAAAGUUGGAGUUUUAUUUCAUUAAUUUUUGAGUCGACAAAUGCAAAAAUUGAGCUUUGUACCCAAAUAUUUUUCUUUUAUAAGAGGAAGAAAUACGACAAAGUUGCGGAGCAGGGGUAGUUUGGGUAGCUUGAGUAGCAUUGUAAAUGUACGUUUUUGCCGGCAAAAAGCAAAGUCACAAUUAGGAAAAGGCAAAAGGGAGAAAAUUGUAAAAUCAAUUGACAAAAUGAGCAGCGGCGGCGGCGAUCGUCCGACGGUGAUGGUCACGAACGACGACGGAAUCGAUGCUCCAGGAAUUCGAGCUCUCGUUCAUGUUCUCGUCUCCUCCAAUCGGUUCAACGUCUAUGUUUGCGCUCCUGAUUCAGAAAAGUCCGCUGUUAGUCAUAGCAUCACAUGGCGAAAUGCUCUCAUUGCCAAGCCAGUGGAAAUUGAUGGAACAGUUGCUUUUGCAGUUUCUGGUACUCCUGCUGACUGUACAUCAUUAGGAAUUUCCAAAGCUCUGUUCCCCUCAGUACCUGAUCUGGUAAUCAGUGGGAUCAAUAUGGGUAGCAACUGUGGUUAUCACAUUAUAUAUUCCGGGACUGUAGCAGGGGCUCGAGAAGCCUUUUUUAAUGGAAUAGCUUCUAUCUCUAUAUCAUAUGAUUGGGUUGGUGGCAAAAGUACUGUCAAUGAUUUUAAACUUGCAGCAGAGGUGUGCUUGCCCAUAAUUUGUGGCAUGUUGGUUGAAAUCAAGAAGAAAACAUACCCUCAAAACUGUUUUCUGAAUGUAGAUGUGCCAACAGAUGUUGUGAAUCAUAAGGGUUAUCGACUAACAAAUCAGGGCAAGACUAUGGUGAAAAUGGGGUGGAGACAAGUUACUUCUGAAUCUGAAGGAGGGAAAAUGCUGUCAACUAUGACUAUGGAGACAAAUUCAUCAUUGGGUUCUGAAUCAGAGUCUGCGAAUUUAAAGCAUGAACUUGCAUUUAAAAGAGAAGUGAAGGGAUCACAGGUUGACGAUAGUGAUACAGACUACAGUUCCCUUAGAGAAGGAUAUAUAACUGUCAGUCCUCUAGGAGCCUUGUCUCCUGCAGAGAUGGAUAGCCGAGCUUAUUUUAAGCAGUGGUUGCCAGGUGUUUCAGCACUGUAAUGGUUUUUCUCACAGGAGUCAGGAUAUCUGGUAGGAUCUAGACAUCGUUUUGUUCCCUACUCAGAGGAUCGCUUAUCAGCCUCGUGUGUCGUUUAAUUCAGUACCUGUAGUAGUUAAUCACAGUCUCAUUGAUUCUGUUACUGGUACAAAUAUCUGAUUAUUGUAGAACAUGUAGUUGGAUUAUGAAUAAAAAAUUCAGUUGCUGGAUUUUCAGUUUGCA